AAUAUUUGUCGACGCAGGGCUCUGGUUCGUAGUGCGUGAAAAUAAUUAAAAAAUUGCGUCAGUCUCGGAAGAUUUUUAAUUAAAAAGAUCAGAGUAAAAAACAUUGAGAAUGUUAUCACGUUUGGCCACAAGUCCAAGACACUUUUUGGCACGAAACAUUACACAAUUGGUGGCGGCUAACCAAAGAGGAGCACCCCGUUCUUUGAUACUAAAACAAUUCAAUACACAAUUGGAAAGACAACAACAAUUAAGGGGAGCUCUAGUGACGAGAGUAUGUUCGAGAACUUUUUGCAGUAGCCGUAAUAAACAAGAUGAUGAAGAAUUGUUGGAGCAGGAACAACAAGAUUUCAUUAUCAACAAAGAUCCCCAAUUGCCGGCUACGGUAGCAGUGCCAGAAGUAUGGCCCCACGUGCCUUUGCUAGCCACCAAACGUAACCCGGUGUUUCCUAGAUUUAUGAAAAUUCUAGAGGUCUCCAAUCCCCAGCUGAUUGAUUUAAUAAGACGUAAAGUUAAAUUGAAUCAGCCGUAUGUUGGUGUUUUCAUGAAAAAAGAUAAUGAAAAUGAGGCGGAAAUUGUCGAAAGACUCGAUGAUGUUUAUAAAGUUGGUACUUUUGCUCAAAUAUUGGAACUGCAAGAUCUGGGCGAUAAGUUGAGAAUGGUGGUAGUGGCUCAUAGACGUAUUAAAAUAACUGGACAGAUAUUGGAAGAACUGGUGCCACCAAAAGAAAAAACAACAACAAUACAUUAUCCACUAUUUAAUAUAAAAAUGCAAAUACCAGCCGAUGAAACAGCACAAACGGGUACAACUUCUACGGCCGCUCCCGCAACAGACUCUGAACGUCGUAAAAUGUCUAGAAAAGCAAGACCAGGACGUUUGCAAAAGAGAGAAUUGAAACCAGAAACUCCUGCUGCCAUAACUACAGAAACUAUAGCUGAUACAACUAGCACCGCAGAUGCUAAAGCAACUGGAGAGACUGAUGCCACCACUAAAACAACUGCUGCCACUGAUGCUCAGGCCACAAAUGAACCAAUGCCCGUGUUAAUGGUUGAAGUUGUUAAUGUUCAACAUGAAAACUUUAAACAAACCGAAGAAGUUAAAGCUUUAACUCAGGAAGUUAUUAAGACAAUACGUGAUAUUAUCACCAUGAAUCCUUUGUAUAGAGAGAGUUUACAGCAAAUGUUGCAUCAAAAUCAACGAGUUGUUGAUAAUCCUGUUUAUUUGUGUGAUUUGGGUGCUUCCUUAUCGGCAGCCGAACCUGAAGAUUUACAAAAGAUUAUGGAGGAAAUGGAUAUUCCAAAACGUCUUUUAUUGGCUUUGGGCAUAUUGAAAAAAGAACUAGAACUUUCCAAGUUACAGCAGAAAAUUGGCCGUGAGGUAGAGGAGAAAGUCAAACAACAACAUCGUAAAUACAUUUUACAUGAACAACUUAAAGCCAUUAAAAAAGAAUUGGGCAUAGAAAAAGAUGACAAAGACGCCAUUGGAGAGAAAUACCGUGAAAAGCUCAAGGACAAAACAGUGCCCGAAAAUGUUAUGACCGUUAUCGAUGAAGAAUUGAAUAAACUAAACUUCUUAGAAAGUCACAGUUCUGAAUUUAAUGUAACACGUAACUAUUUGGAUUGGUUGACCUCUUUGCCCUGGGGUGUUACCAGCAAGGAGAAUUUAAGUUUGGAACAGGCUACCGAAAUUCUUGACCAUGAUCAUUAUGGUAUGGAGGAUAUCAAAAAGAGAAUACUGGAAUUUAUAGCCAUAAGCCAGUUGAAGGGUUCGACACAGGGUAAAAUUUUAUGCUUCCAUGGACCACCUGGUGUGGGUAAAACUAGUAUAGCUCGUUCCAUUGCCAGAGCCUUGAAUAGAGAAUAUUUCCGUUUCAGUGUGGGUGGCAUGACAGAUGUGGCGGAAAUUAAGGGCCAUAGACGUACUUAUGUGGGAGCCAUGCCCGGCAAAUUGAUACAAUGUUUAAAGAAAACUAAAACCGAAAAUCCUUUGGUGUUAAUAGAUGAAGUAGACAAAAUUGGCAAGGGCUAUCAAGGUGAUCCCAGUUCCGCCUUAUUAGAACUUUUAGAUCCUGAACAAAAUGCCAAUUUCCUAGAUCAUUACCUAGAUGUGCCAGUAGAUCUUUCACAUGUUCUCUUCAUUUGCACCGCAAAUGUUAUUGACACUAUACCCGAACCCUUGCGUGAUCGUAUGGAACUUAUUGAAAUGUCUGGCUAUGUAGCUGAGGAAAAAGUAGCCAUAGCCCGCCAGUAUCUAAUACCACAAGCCAUGCGUGAUUGUGGUUUGGAGGAUAAACACAUAACCAUUAAUGAUGAUGCCUUAGGCACUCUUAUACGCAGCUAUUGCCGUGAGUCAGGAGUACGUAAUCUCCAGAAACAAAUAGAAAAAGUCAUACGUAAAGUAGCCUUUAAGAUAGUCAAAAAGGAAGGUGAUCAUCAUGAUGUCAACAAUGAAAACUUAACUUCUUAUUUAGGCAAACAUGUAUUCUCUUCGGAUCGCAUGUAUGAACUAACACCACCGGGUGUGGUUAUGGGCUUAGCCUGGACCGCCAUGGGUGGUUCGGCUUUGUAUAUAGAAACAGCCAAACGUAAUAGUAUACAACCUCCCAAGGGAGAAAGUACUAGUGGUUCGAUAAAUGUCACCGGUAAUCUGGGUGAUGUUAUGAAAGAAUCAGCACAAAUAGCUUUAACAGUGGCACGUAAUUUCAUGCGUGGUUUAGAUGAAAAAAAUCUAUUUCUGGAAAAUAGCAACAUACAUUUACAUGUUCCUGAGGGAGCCACCCCUAAGGAUGGACCCAGUGCUGGUGUAACAAUAGUUACGGCCCUUAUGUCCUUAGCCACCAAUAAACCAGUUAGACAAAAUAUAGCCAUGACUGGUGAAGUGUCACUAAAGGGCAAAGUAUUGCCCGUGGGUGGUAUUAAGGAAAAAACCAUUGCGGCCAAACGCAGCGGCAUUACUUGCAUUAUAAUACCCGAAGAAAAUCGCAAAGACUGGGCCGAAUUACCCGCCUUUAUAACCAGUGACAUCGAAGUGCACUUUGCCGCUAACUACGAAGAUGUCUACAAAAUCGCAUUUGAUCAUACGGAGGAGCAGGCCUCCCAAAAGCAACAGCAGCACCAACAAUAGUUUUAGUUAAAAUUACGAAAUAUUAGUUUAUUUUUAAUGCUAAGCAUUAUUAAACGAGCGUAUCUUAUAAUUUUUUAAAUAUAUUCAUACUUUUAAUUUAAUUUUCUAAUCCUAUACCUUAUUAUUUGUAUGUUUUAUUAAAUUGUUAAAUAACAUUGCAAAAACAAAACGAACUUUGUUAUAGAAACAUAUAAAAUGAUUUAGUUUUUAUUUUAAUUGUUGUAUAAUUUUUUACAAUUUUAUGUAAAAAAUCCAUUUAACGUUUAUCCAAAAGAACAAUAAACAUAAAGAUAUUU